UCCUUGCAGGGCCUCUGAGGCUCCCUUUGCUUCUUCCUCCCUCGCAGGAACCUGCAGCUUCUCAGCUCCUCAGGAAGGACCAAAGCGACUGAACCUGCAAACCUAGCAAGGAUGGAAGGAGGAAGAUGGACAGUUGACCUGGUCAGACUGUCUCCUUCAUCCCUCCCAAGAACCUCUGGGCAUUUUCUCCCAGGGCCAUCAGAGACAUCUGCAUGUGAUGGAAACAAUAGGCAGAAUUCCAAGAAGUCACCUGGAAUUUCAUUGAAGGAACCAUUUAAAUGCAUGGAGUGUGGAAAGUGCUUCAUCCAGAACACAGAGUUUACUUCUCAUAAGCAAACUCACAAAGAGGAGAAACCCUUUAAAUGUAUGAAAUGUGGAAAGUCGUUUAGCCGGAAAGAUCACCUUACAACACACCAGCAAACUCACACAGGGGAGAAACCAUUUAAAUGUAUGAAAUGUGGAAAGUCGUUUAGCCGGAAAGAUCACCUUACAACACACCAGCGAACGCACACAGGGGAGAAGCCAUUUCAAUGUAUGGAGUGUGGAAAGACAUUUGCUAAUUCUGGAAGCCAUAGAACACAUCAACAGAUUCACACAGGGGAGAAACCUUUUAAAUGUUUGGAGUGCGGAAAGAGCUUCAGUCAAAGUGGGAACCUUACAAAACACCAACUCACUCACACAGGGGAGAAACCUUUUGAAUGUUUGGAGUGCAGAAAGUGCUUCAUUGAUCGUGCAUCACUUAGUUCACAUCAAAGAAUUCACACAGGGGAGAAGCCAUUCAAAUGUAUGGAGUGCGGAAAAUGUUUCAGGUGGAAUCAGAACCUUACUUCACACCAGCAAACUCACACAGGGGAGAAGCUAUUUGAAUGUAUGGAGUGUGGAAAGUUUUUCAGGUGGAAUCAUGAACUUACUUCACACCAGCGAACUCACACAGGGGAGAAACCAUAUGAAUGUUUUGAGUGUGGAAAGUGUUUCAGGUGGAAUCAUCACCUUACUACACACCAGCGAACUCACACAGGGGAGAAACCAUAUGAAUGUAUGGAGUGUGGAAAGUUUUUCCGGGCGAAUAAUCACCUUACUACACACCAGCGAACUCACACAGGGGUGAAGCCAUUUAAAUGUACGGAGUGUGGGAAGACUUUCAGCGAUCGUGGAAGCCAUGUAAAACAUUUACGAAUUCACACAGGGGUGAAACCAUUUAAAUGUAUGGAGUGUGGAAAGACAUUUACUGAAUCUGGAAGCUAUAGAACACAUCUCCGAAUUCACACAGGAGAAAAGCCAUUUAAAUGUAUGGAGUGCGGAAACUGCUUCACUGAAAGUGACAAACUUAAAAGGCAUCUACGAAUUCACACAGGGGAGAAACCCUUUAAAUGCACGGAGUGUGGAAAGAGCUUCACUCGGAAGACAACCCUUACUUUACAUCAGACAACUCACACAGGACAGAAACCAUUUAACUGUCUGGAGUGUGGGAAGAGCUUCGGUGAAAGAAGAACGCUUAGAAAACAUCAACAAACUCACACAGGAUCAAAAAGCAUUUAAAUGUGUGCAGUGUGGAAAGUGGUACAGCUAGUAACCACACCUUCACAUCAAAUCCACACCAGGAAGAAACCAUUUAAAUGCACGCAUUGUGGAAAGAGCUUCAGUGAAAGUGGAAUGUUCAUAUUCAUAAGCAAAUUAGCAUAGGAGAAACAUUUUAAAUACAUGGAGUUUGGAAGAAUUUUUACUCAAAAAAUAAAUUUUACCUAAACAUAUAUGUCAGAUUUUAAGUGAGCAAGAAGCUUACCAAUAGGUCAGGGAAGUGCCGUUUUCCUAGAACUCACCAUGAACACCUCCCUUGUUCUCUUAGAAUGGCAAUGGCACCCACCUGAAAGCUGCUGGAACUGAAUUCUGGCUGGAAAAGAGCCCUGGGUCAGGUCAAAAUAUGUGCUGAUUUCACAUCCCAAAAUAAUCAGACCGGUUGCUACAUGGGAGCCCCACUCCUCCUUAAAAGAAGAUGUUUUAUACUUCCCAGUCCUUUUGGCCGUAGCUCCCUAAAGAUUCCCAGGACAGGAGGUUUGGGCAAGUCGGCAGAUUCCAGCCCCUGCCAGAAGGCAUACACAACCCCUUUCUUAUCUUGUGCAGCAUUGAGUUCCAUAGAUGAAUGACACAAAUAUUCAUCGUUUCCAAAGUUCACGGUCUCAUUUUCCUGUUUUCCAUUUGUCCCAGGAAAUGCCCUCGGGGAAAAUAACAUUUGUAAUCUGUGUGGGAAACUUAGAAACUUGAUCUUGUCAAACACCAGAGAGUCCAUCAUGCACACAAACCGCACAAAUGCCUGCGGUGUGAGAAACAGUUUGUUCUACGGU